GAAGCGGAGGGAGAUCCGAGCAGCGGCGGCAAGCCGAACGCAGAGCUGAAGAGCCGGCGGCUGAGGACAUUGGACAUGGAAGACCAAGGGGAGAAUACCACCGUCUUGUCCACCCUGAGGUCUUUGAACAACUUCAUUUCUCAGCGAGUGGAAGGAGCGUCUGGCCUGGAUAUAUGCAACACUGCCCCAAGUUCUCUGCAGAUGAUGUACCAGCAGAGCAUGCAGUUGGAGGAAAAAGCAGAACAGAUCCGUUCAAAGACCUACCUCAUCCAGAUGGAGCGGGAGAAGAUGCAGAUGGAACUGAGUCACAAGAGGGCGCGAGUGGAGCUGGAGAGGGCAGCCAGCACCAAUGCCAGGAACUAUGAGCGUGAGGUGGACCGCAACCAGGAGCUGCUGGCGCGCAUUCGGCAGCUUCAGGAUCGGGAAGCUGAGGCGGAGGAGAAGAUACAGGAGCAGCUGGAGCGUCACAGGCAGUGCAAGCAAAGCCUGGACACUGCCAACAAGCAAUUGCGUGAGCAAGAGGACAGCCUGGCUGUAGCCAGUGAGACCAUCAGUGCAUUGAAGGGGCGAGUCUCGGAGAUGCAGUGGAAUGUGAUGGACCAGGAGGUGCAGGUGAAACGCUUGGAGUCUGAGAAGCAGGAGCUGAAGGAGCAGCUGGACUUGAAGCACAGACAAUGGCAAGAAGCAAACCAGAAGAUCCAGGAACUGCAGGCCUGCCAAGAAACGAGAGCAGACCUUGAGCAGAAGGUUAAGGACCUGGAGCAGAAGCUGUGCCUGCAGGAGCAGGAUGCAGCCGUUGUGAGGAACAUGAAGUCUGAACUACUGAGGUUGCCCAGGGUGGAGCGAGAGCUGAAGCGACUCCAGGAGGAGAACACUCACCUGCGGGAGAUGAAGGAGACCAACGGACUCCUCUCAGAGGAGCUGGAAGGGCUUCAGAGGAAGCUGGGCCGCCAGGAAAAGCUGCAGGAAGCUCUGGUUGACUUGGAACUGGAAAAGGAGAAGCUGCUGGUAAAGCUGCAGAGCUGGGAGAGAUUGGACCAGACCAUGGGCUUGAACCUCAGGACUCCAGAAGACCUUUCCCGAUUUGUGGUGGAGCUGCAGCAGCGGGAGUUAUCCCUGAGGGAGAAGAACAACACCAUCACCACCAGUGCCCGGCGCCUGGAGAAGGCCCAGCAGCAGCUCCAAGAUGAGGUACGACAGGUCAGCAGCCAGCUGCUAGAGGAGAGGAAGAAGCGUGAGUCUCAUGAGGCGCUGGCCCGAAGGCUCCAGAAGCGUGUCCUGCUGCUCACCAAGGAGCGGGACGGCAUGCGGGCUAUCCUGGGAUCCUAUGACAGCGAGCUGACGCAGGCUGAGUACUCACCCCAGCUGACACGCCGUCUGCGUGAGGCCGAGGACAUGGUGCAGAAGGUGCAUGCACACAGCACAGAGAUGGAGGUUCAGCUGUCUCAGGCCCUGGAGGAACUCGGAGGCCAGAAACAGAGAGCUGAUACAUUGGAGAUGGAGCUGAAGAUGCUGAAGUCCCAGCCAAGCUCCACAGAACCCAGCUUCUCAUUCUGCAGAGAGGAAGUGGAUGCACUCAGAUUGAAGGUGGAGGAACUAGAGAGAGAGCGGAGCAGUCUGGAACAAGAAAAGAAUAUGCUGGAGAUGCAGUUGGAGAGGCGCACCCUGCAGGGCGACUAUGACCAGAGCAGAACCAAAGUGCUACACAUGAGCCUGAACCCCACCAGCAUGGCCAAGCAGCGCCUGCGUGAGGACAGGGACCGGCUGCAAGAGGAGUGUGAGCGGCUGCAGGGGCUCUUACUUGCCCUGGAGAGAGGAGGCCCUGUCCCCACGGAUCUAGAGUCUGUCGCUGGCCUACCCUCAUCCAAGGAGGUGACAGAGCUGCGGAAGCAGGUGGAGAGUGCCGAGCUGAAGAACCAAAGGCUCAAGGAGGUUUUCCAGACCAAGAUCCAGGAAUUCCGCAAGGCCUGCUACACACUGACGGGCUAUCAGGUAGAUGUAACCACGGCGGGCCAGUACCGGCUGACCUCUCAGUAUGCAGAGCACAAGACAGACUGCCUCGUCUUCAAGGCCUCGGGACCCUCGGGCUGCAAGAUGCAGCUGCUGGAAACGGAGUUCUCACGCUCAGUGCCUGAGCUCAUUGAAUUGCACCUGCUACGCCAGGACAGCAUCCCAGCCUUCCUCAGCGCCCUCACCCUCGAGCUCUUCAGCCGCCAGACCACAGCCUAGCCCCGCACCAGCCACCGCGGCAGCCAUCCCAGGCUAGCCCUGUCGAACAGCUCUGUCGGCAGGGGAGCAGCCAGAGCCCCCACAUCAUCCCUUCUCAUCUCUGAGCCCUAUCUGGACCUCCCUGUGUACUCACCGAGCAGUCUCGCCCUGUGCGCCGCUUCCUCUGGCAUGUCCCCUGCCCACACUGGUACUGUACAGUUCCCGUCUGCCCGGGCCCCAGUGGGGAUGCUGUGGACACAAGUUGAGGAUCCUGGCCUGGGGAAAUAAAGUUUCCUCUCCA